AUGUCUCCGCAGAGAAUUGUGCGCGUGUCCCUGGAGCACCCCACCAGCGCCGUGUGUGUGGCUGGCGUGGAGACCCUCGUGGACAUUUAUGGGUCGGUCCCCGAGGACACUGCGAUGUUCGAGGUCUACGGGACACCAGGUGUGGAUGUGUACAUCUCUCCCACCAUGCACCGGGGCCGGGAGCGCGCCGAGAGCAGGCGGUGGCGCUUUGGAGUGGGGACAGAGAUCAUCGUGGUCAUGAACUCCCCCAGCAACGACAUCAAUGACAGUCAUGUUCAGAUUUCCUACCACUCCAGCCAUCAGCCCUUGCCCCUGGCCUACGCGGUGCUCUACCUCACGUGUGUGGACAUCACCCUGGAUUGUGACCUGAACCGUGAGGGCAGAGGGGACAGGAACUUUUUGGACAAGCGGCAGUGGGUCUGGGGGCCCAGUGGAUACGGAGCCAUACUGCUGGUAAACUGUGACCGGGAUGAUCCGAGUUAUGGCAAACGGGACAACUCUGACCAGCAGGUGCGCUGUCCACAAGACCUAGAAGACAUGUCUGUCAUGGUCCUGCGGACCCAUGGCCCUGCUGCCCUCUUUGAAGACCACAAACUUGUCCUCCACACCUCCAGCUACGAAGCCCAGCGGGCACGUGUCUUCCAUGCCUGUGGUCCCAAGGACUCGUGUGAGGCCUACCUGCAUGUGCUAGGCCAGGACAAGGUAUCGUACGUGGUGCCCCGCUUCCAUGGUGGGGAGGAGCACUUCUUCGUGGAAGGCCUUGCCUUCCCUGAUGCCGGCUUCAAUGGACUCAUCUCCUUCCAUGUCACCCUGCUGGACGACUCGAAUGAGGAUUUCUCCGAGAGCCCGAUCUUCACGGACACCGCGGUGUUUCGGGUGGCACCCUGGAUCAUGACGCCCAGUACCCAGCCGCCCCUGGAGGUCUACGUGUGCCGUGUGAGGAACAACACGUGUUUUGUGAACGCCGUGGCGGAGCUGGCAGAGAUGGCAGGCUGCAAGCUGACCAUCUGCCCACAGGACGAGAACCGCAAUGACCGCUGGAUCCAGGAUGAGAUGGAGCUGGGCUACAUUCAGGCACCGCACAAGACCUUCCCCGUGGUCUUCGACUCCCCGAGGAAUGGAGAGCUGCAAGACUUCCCUUACAAACGCAUCCUGGGUCCAGAUUUCGGCUACGUGACCCGGGAACCACGAGACAAGUCUGUGAGUGGUCUGGACUCCUUUGGAAACCUGGAGGUCAGCCCCCCGGUGGCGGCAAAUGGACAAGAGUACCCCUUGGGGAGGAUCCUCAUUGGGGGCAACCUGCCUGGGUCGAGCGGCCGCAGGGUCACCCAGGUGGUCCGGGACUUCCUCCACGCCCAGAGGGUGCAGCCACCCGUGGAGCUCUUCGUGGACUGGCUGGCCGUGGGCCACGUGGAUGAGUUUCUGAGCUUUGUCCCUACGCAUGAUGAGAAGGGCUUCCGGCUGCUGCUGGCCAGCCCCAGCGCCUGCUUCCGACUCUUCCAGGAAAAGCAGAAGUGGGGCCACGGCAGGGCGCGCCUGUUCGAAGGGGUUGUCGGUGACGGGAAGGUCAAGCCCAUCUCCAUCAACCAAAUCCUCUCCAAUGACAGCCUCAUCGGCUACAAUAAGUUUGUGCAGAGCUGCAUCGACUGGAACCGCGAGGUGCUGAAGCGGGAGCUGGGCCUGACGGAGCGGGACAUCAUCGACAUCCCCCAGCUCUUCAAGACGGACAGGAGGAAGGCAGCUGCCUACUUCCCGGACUUGGUGAACAUGCUGGUGCUGGGCAGGUUCCUGGGCAUCCCGAAGCCCUUCGGGCCCCUCAUCAAUGGUCGCUGCUGCCUGGAGGAGAAGGUGCGGUCCCUGCUGGAGCCGCUGGGCCUGCACUGCACCUUCAUCGACGACUUCACCCCAUACCACAUGCUGCACGGGGAGGUGCACUGCGGCACCAACGUGCGCCGGCAGCCCUUCCCCUUCCCGUGGUGGAACAUGGAGCUCUGA